AUGCGGAAUAUUUCUCCUAAUUGGCUCCUUGUUUUUAAUUCCUCUGUCAUUCACAUCACUAGGUUUCUCUUGUGUCAGCCAAAGCCCUCUCAGGAGGCUCGGACUGGGUUGUCCUUGGUUCUGAAUGACGUUUCUCGGUGUCGCUCCAUGCCGGUUUCCGUUGGCAUCGAGGGCGCACUGAUCUGUCAUGAUGCCCAGAAUGUGGUUCCGUAUUUGAAAGGUGCACAGACCAGCGGAGGCCAAAUUAUUGCGCAUCAUAGCUUGAGUAGAGCGAGUGAAAAAAGAUCGGGUGGUAGCAUUGAAGAGCUUGCGGUGCCAGCACAUCGUGAUACAUACACGGCCGUCGAUUACCGUAUGACGGCCGUGUUUAUAUGGUUGCUAACGGGGAACGGGAUGUCCGUAUACCGUCCGUCUCUGGGCAAAUUAUUUCGCCAGACGGAACGGGUACGGUACCCGUACGACGGCACCCGUAUAACCGUACUAUACGGUAACGCUUUGAGUGCACUUCUCAGUGCAAUACAGCUUGCAGACGACCAGGCAUCAUCGACAUCGAGUGAUGAUCCCACUUCAAGCAUUACCCCUAGCCCAGGUACCGUUAUGAGCUCAUCUCCCCUACCAACAAAGAAAAGCUCGACUGGAGUGAUAGUCGGCAGUGUCGUCAGUGGACUAGCAGUUCUGGCAGCUAACUGUGGACGGCGUCAUCGAAGCAACAACGAGAGCCAUUCUGAUGUGGACAACUCUUCCCCACGAAUGCUCACGCCAUUCAUGGCCACAUCCAUUCCGGUUUCCUCUGAGAUAUCACGAGAGUCUCGUAUGAACCAGAAGAAAAAUGCUAGAUAUACCGUGGGUGCGAGCAGAGCAGAAUCCUCUUCAUCUUCAGGGCUAGUAGAAAGAGACCCAACGCAAAGAAGGAUGGACAUACAGACCGAGUUGACGUCUACACUUACUCCGCCAAAUCCACCGCGCACGGAGAGCAGAGAGAAUAUGCCGACGGAGGAGUUGCUGAGGUUGCUCAAUGAACGACUGCAACCGGGUCGAUGGAAUGUCUCUGACGAUGAACUACCGCCAGAGUAUCACGAAGGACGGACUACGUAG